AUGACGGACCAACCGAUCAAGAAAUCAAUGAACAAGCCUGAGGCAGCCGGAAGAAUGGUCCAAUGGGCAAUUGAACUUAGUCAAUUUGACAUCAAGUACCAUCCCAAAACGGCGAUCAAGGUGCAAGCUUGGGCAGACUUCAUCGCAGAGUUCACCCUUCCGGAUGAAGACAGACUUACCAACGAAGUAGAUAGAUGGACGAUACAAAUUGAUGGUUCGUCAGGCCAGAGGAAGGGGGGAGUAGGGGUCGUCAUAACCACCCCCGACGGAGAGGUGCUGAAAUAUAGGGUCCAACUAAAAUUUUCGACUACCAACAAUGAAGCUGAAUAUGAGGGAAUAUUAAUGGGAUUGAGGCUUAGAAAGGCACUUGGAGCUAAGAACCUGUUAAUCCAAAAUGAUUCAAAACUAGUAAUGGGGCAGAUUAGAGGGGAGUACGAAGCGAAGGAAGAAAGGAUGCAGAAGUACCUCAGGUUGACGAAACACCUAACUCGGGAAUUCGAUACAGUGGAGUUCAUGCAAAUCCCAAGAAGCCAGAAUAUGGGGGCAGACAAAGUCUCGAAACUAGCGUCAUCAGAAAAAGGGGAUAUUAGCAUGGAUUUGACGAUGGAAAUCCAGAAACACCCUAGCAUUGAAGAGGUCUCGACAUUUACCAUCCAGAGCGCAAACAGCUGGAUGACACCCAUAAUGUCCUUCCUCCAGGACGGGCACCUCCCUCAGAACACAGAAGAAGCUAAGAAGGUCAAGAAGAGGGCAGCUAGGUUCACAAUCCUUAAUGACGCCUUAUACAAGAGAGGCUUCUCCAUGCCUUAUUUGAAGUAUGUCGAUGAAGAAGAAGCUAGAUACAUACUGGAAGAAAUCUAUGGAGGAGUUUGCAGCGACCACGCUGGUCCCAGAUCCCUGGUGAACAAGGUGAUACGGACAGGAUAUUUCUGGCCAACUAUGCAGGUGGAUGCUGUUGAGAUCGUCAAGAGGUGCGACAAGUGCCAGCGAUACGGGAACGUGCAACGGCUUCUAGUAGAGAAACUGACGACCAUAUCCUCCCCGUGGCCAUUUGUACAAUAG